AUGAGAAGAGAGCGAGUGCGGCCUACGGGCAGCACAGCGCGACUGCUCCGCCUCAGCACGCAAUGGUGGUGGCGAGUGCGCUGUAGAAAAGCAGCGCAGCAAUCGAACGUCCCGUAUCUUACAGAUCACAGCGUCGUGACCGCCCAACCGGCCCUGCAGGCAAUUACGUCUCGGCCGGCGGCGGCUCAUAGCUGCGAUCGCCCACAGGCGCGACGGCCGCUCCGGCGGACCGCCAGACCUGUGUUCCCCUGCGGGAUUGGCGCGCUUCGGCGCCCCAGUCCCCAAGGAUGGGCUCUGUAG